AUGAAGUCGUCUUACUCGUUUAUCGUAUUCGACGGAAUGAGAAAGAUUCAAAUCGGCUCAGUCAUAGUACUUGCUUGGGCCUCGACACCAAUCAAAAUAUCCUACUUUGUAACCUCACGCCUCGCCUCGUUGGAGCGGUUCACCCCGGCCCUCACCCGCGCCUUCACUCACUCGCCCGCCCGUGAUCCCGGCAAUAAUAUUGGAGUUCUUGUCCCCGUCAUAUCCCAAUAUCUCGAGAAAUUUGCUCUGUACCGACUACAGCCCAAGGCUGUCUUCGGGACGUGA